AGCUACAAAAUCACACCCCCUGGACUGGGGUAGAGGGGGUAGUAAGGUGUCACGAGCGGUCUUGAGUUUAAGCGCUAAACGUAAGCACGACACAUCUGUGACACACGUGCUUGAUUUUUUUUCAAGCGGAUCCUAGGAUCUGUUUUAAAGAACGGUUUAGAGAGAAAUCCGAGUGCCGAUGACGCUGGCGGUCUGAUGUGCUGACACGACUUACUCGAAAAAGCUACGUGGACGGAAUUGCGUCCGUCUGGUCGGAUACGUCGGCUGACGACCGAAGCGCGCCAUAGUAUGACCCGAUUAGAUCCAAGUUUGAAUGCCUUCCCACAAAAAUCUUGCGUGUUUUGAGUGUGUUUUUCCGUUGUCUUUGUGGACACGUGUGUAGCUAUGCCACUCACACACCAGGGUGGUGUGGGGGGGCAGGAGCGCCCGCGGAGUCCCGGGUAGGCGACCCGUUGGACGCACGUGAUGGGCGGCCGGCCUAUCCGCCGGUCCCCCGGGGGGCGGGUAGGGGUCGACGCGACGGCUCGCGAAUCCAUGUCGCCCUCUUAUCGCUCCCUGUCCUCAGGUCCUCUGUGGCGGCCCUCUGCAUCUUUCCGCUGCUCCGCGCCCCCGCGUACCCCGCGCACCUCGGCCACCUCGGCCCCCCGGACUCCCAGGGUUCCCCGGCCCCGUUCUCCGCUCGACAGGUAUUGUUGCCCGCGGCCUGCUCGCUCCGUCCGGCUCGGCACCGCGGCCGAGCCUUGGCCAUGGCGCUGCGCGGAGCAUGGCCGCGUCCUUCUACACAAAGUACGAGGUCCUGUGCAAGAUCGGCGAGGGGUCAUUUUCCGAGGUCCUCAAAUGCCAGGAUCGGUCCAGCGGCCAGCUGUUUGCGGCGAAGAAGCUGCGAAACGCGUACCGUUCGCUACUCGACGCCGCCAACAUUCCGGAGGCCGUCGCUGCACGCAAAUUGAAACCGCAUCCGAACGUUCUGCAUCUGCUCGAGCAGCACUUCGACGCGGCGACAGGAUGCGUCACCCUCAUCUUCGAGCUCAUGGAGAAGAGCCUGUACGACCUGCUCAAGUCCCGGGUCCGGAUGCUGCCAGAGGUCCGGGUGCGCUCCUUCCUCUACCAGCUGCUCCAGGGCUGCGAGCACCUGCACAACAACGGCAUCUUCCACCGGGACGUCAAGCCCGAGAACAUCCUGGUGAAGGGCGACUGCGUCAAGCUCGGCGACCUGGGCUCCAUACGAGGCAGCUAUUCCAAGCCGCCGUACACCGAGUACAUCUCGACCCGAUGGUACCGCUCACCCGAGUGCCUGCUCACGACCGGCUUCUACGGGCCCAAGAUGGACGUCUGGGCGGCGGGGUGCGUCUUCUACGAGAUGCUGACACUGAAGCCGCUGUUCCCCGGCUCGGAUGAGAUCAACCAGCUGUCCAAGAUCCACGCUGUGCUCGGCUCGCCUCACCCGAGAGUGUUCGACAAACUGCGCCGGCACUGGCUGCAGUCCCGGCCACUGCCGGCCUUCCCCUGCACGCCGGGCUGCGGGCUGCUCGGCCUGGUGCCGGCGCUGGCCGAGGCCGGCCGCGACCUGCUGCGACUUAUGCUCAUCUACGACCCGGACCAGCGCGCCAACACUCGCCGCCUCCUGCGCCACUCGUACUUCGCGGACCUCAGGGAGUGCAUGAGCAGUGCGGCAUCGUCCGUGUCGUCGGUGUGCACGAGGCGCAGCAGCAUCCAGCGGGCGCUGGCUCGCGACCCCGUCCCACGGUCGUCACUCUGCUCCGGUUCGGGAUCCGGUUCCGGUUCCGGCGCCGGAACGACCGUCAACUCUGGCGGGGACAGGGCGCGGGACGUUCCCCGGAACUGCGCGAGCAAAGUGGUGGUGGUAGGCGAUGUUCGCGGCGGCGGGCGGCGCGUCGCUCGCUAAGCGCCAGGCGCGUCGCAACGUCCGCAACAAGCAGCACGCCCACCAGCACCCGGUGCCCGUCGAGCUCCACCCGCACCCGCCCGCGCCGCGCCACCUGCAGGUGCAGCACCUGCAGCCGCGCCUCUCCACCGCGUCCGCGCACCACCUGUACCGGGCGCCCAGCCACCGCCGCCUGUCGUCGUACGCCGACCUCAAUGGACGCAUUGUGGGCUUUGGCAGCAUUGAGCUCGCCGAGGAACCGCAGGACCAGCAGCAGGAGCAGCAGCAGGGUGCCUGCUCGGUGCCCUGCAGGAGGGGCCUCGGGGGCGCAGAGGGCUGCAGGGAGGGCUGCAGGAGGCCGUAGUCCGUUAGGCCCUCCGCGGGGUAGGCGGCGCGGGCGCCUGGC